CCGGUCCUAGUUUAAAAACUAAACCGCGUAGAGGAGAGAAGCCGCCGGAGCUACGUUACCGACCAAUAAGUCGAUGUUUUCUUCUUUAAAUACACCGUAAACACAUCAGGAUAAUGAUGGAGUCUUGUUUGGGGGGGAUCCCGGAGAGAGUCGGGCCGGUGGUGGUGGACGACAUCAGGAGAGAUCUGCUGGGGGAGUUUGAUGCUCUACCUGCACAGGACAACGUUCAGUCGGAGAACCUGCAGGUGUUUCUGAGGGUUCGGCCGUUCACCGCAGCAGAGAGCGACAACAGAGAAUCGCAGGACUGUGUGACCAUCGAGGGGUCGGACACUGUGGUCCUGAAGGCUCCCAGGAGCCGUCAAUCAAACCGAUAG